CUGGCUGCUGCUCGCCAGAAACAUCUUAACCUGACGACCUUUAAUUUCACCCCCCCGAUGUCUUUCACGACUGCUACCUCCACGACCGCCGUCUCCUCUGACUUCCCCUACUACCUCGCUUGUCCCCCUCGCCCCCCUCGUCCCAAUUGAUAAGCGGUAGUCGACCGUCCUGGUCUGGCUCGGCCCUGUCACUUCGCAUUGCUGCUGCUCUCGACCCCUGGUCCACCUCUCCCAUCGACGGCAACGACGACAGCGCUGGCCUUCUCCCCUCCUUAUCCGCUCUCGCCCUGCGCCCAUCCUACGCCUCGACUUUAGAUUCGCUGUCUCAGCUUGCUCCUUGUCUCGCGCUGCCUGUCGCGGACUCCGUGCAGCGUCGAUAUACCAGAAAGCGCCCCCUGCACUGUGCUCUGGGGGAUUCGCUGGCACUGGUCGCGCACCUCAAACACGGUGCAAGACUUGCAUUAUUCGGCCCUGUGUUUCAACAAGCAUAGCCCGUUCUAUGCUCGUCAGCUCCUCCCGCGCCUCGCUCAGAACACCACAUCGCACCACCCGAAUUUGUCCUGCGAAACUCGACCGCGUCAGCCGCAUGCCAUUUGUCGCAUCACCUUCAUUAGUCGCCUCUCCAAACCCUCGUAGCGCUCUUCGUCAUGCCUUUCUUCUCAAAGGUCUUCAAGCGGGACGCGGCUGCUAAGGGAAAGAGCCAGACUGCCGAUGCCCCUGUCGCCCCAGAAAAACCAAGAUGGGAAGAGUCGUGGACGCGCAAAGAGGUUGCCGCCGAGGACGUUCAGGAGCUCAUACACGCUUGCUCCCAGGAGAUGAAGUCGCGAGCAUUGGAUAUGCCUUUCCUCCUACUCCCCUUCCGUCCUGGCUCCGAUCCUGUUGGCUCCAAAAGCUUCAUCCGUAACUAUUUCAGAUUACAGUAUGAGGGAAGCUGGAAUGACAAUAAGCAUUUUUUUGAGCAGGAGCUCAGGCUCAUGGACCCUCUGGUCCUCGUCAGUAUCAUAAAGUGGUGCUGGAGCAGACUUCCCGGAGGCGUUGUGACCUGGGAAACGUAUGAUCUCUUCAAGCAGGGCGAGACCGAUUCCAAGAUGUCCAAGAACGCAUUUAGCGUGUUCGUGCCCAUUGCGACUGAAUCGGCCGCACGCACAAAGAUCGUCGUCGACUUCUUUGAUCUGCUCGCUGCCAUUGCUGCGCGGGGCAAAAUGAACGGCCUAGGCGGGCGCAAGCUAUCCAGAAUGGCGGGAUGGUGGGCAUUUGAGCACUCGGAUCACGGCAAGGGCUUCGACGGUGGAUACCACUCGUGGGCGAGGGCUGCGGAUGCCACCAGUCACCUGUUCUUUGCCUAUCUUCGAUCGCUUGCUCCGGAUGAAUCAACGGGCGUCAGUGGCAUCUCUCAGCUUCCUCGCUCGUUGCAGGCCUUGCUUGCCCAGACCGAAUAUCCUCCCGAAACGCCCACCUUGAUGUUGACCACAGCUCCCAAGGUCGUCAUGAUCGUGAACUCGGUUUCACCUACGCCGUUUGCACUCCUCCGCAGAGCCAGAAAUUUCGAGUUCCGGGACGACGAUGAGGCCUUGCAGCAAUUUUCAUCCUACGACGACCCUGUCCGAGCCUUGACGGAUGAAUGUCGUCGAGUCAUUAACUGUGUAUCGAACGUCAACGAAUCCGUCGCGCCUACAAACGGUGGCGUACCGCAAGACGGCGCGUGGUCGCGUUUUGAGGACAUGGGUUUCUCCAGCUUAGCCGAGAGUUUGCAGAGUCCGGGAGACCUGGCAACCUCACCUAAACAGACGAAUGGGCUCAGAUACCAAGCAAACUCGAAGUCCGGCGAUUUCAAUCGCCCUACCACCCCGUCAUGGGCUGACUUUUUGUCCACGGGCUUCCCUGACGAGAACGGGCCGACACUACUGCCCCCGGACAAGUCGUUACCGCUACCCAUCGGCGAUCCGCCAAGGGGACACAGCUCUCAGUCUCAUGUACGCAACGGCCUACAGAUGGAAGAUCUGGAGGCUGGCGAACUCGCAAGCGUCAACCAGUUCGACCUCGACGAGACUUUCUGGUGGGUGUGGAUGACCAGUCUGGCCGGUGAAGAGACACCAGAGCGGAAAGCCGUCUUUGGACGGUGCGCUCUGAUUGAGACGCAGAUCCGGGGUGCACACUGGAUGGUGAUUGAGGAACAGAUCAAGGGUGCUUCACCUGGUCAAGAAGAGGGUGUCUAUCUGGCAGAGAAGAAAAGUCGAUUCAGCUGGACACGACGCGGUCGAAUGAGCCGCAAGAAGACCGUCAAGAAAUCACAGACUCAGGCUAUCGAAGAGCGCGCCGAUCGAACGAACGCGGGCACUCCAUCCAGCAGACUUGCUCCGGACCAACACGUCAAAGUUCGUGAAGCUGCAGCGAGGCUGAAGACAGAGAGUCUGGCCCCAACAGACAAUCAAAAGCGGGCCCGCCUCGACGAUGCUGCUUCCCAGAAGACAAGCAGCGUCCUUACAUUGCAACCGGCUAUUCUCAGCGAGGCCGGUCCCGCAUUGAAGUGGACGAAGGACUAUGAUCGCGACGCCAUCAAGGCAGCAUAUCUACAGGAUCCUUCCGCAGGAAAAGGAGAAACGCCGCUUGGUAGCUCCAGCGCAGUACAUCUGCUACGCACGAACGGGGAAUCAACUCCAAAGGCAGCCGACCGAGAGCUGCCAGCUGUGCCACGACAAGAGCCGGCAUCUCCAAUUCAGCGCAAGCCUGUCAAGGUACAGACCCCUCCUGCGACUCCACCACAUCAAAGUGACGAAGCUCUCUCUGCCGAGCCUGAAGAAGUGGCUGAAUUCACGGAGAAGCCGAAGCUCGAUAAGGCGGAGAAACACCCGGCUCUCCGAAAGCAAGAAUCUCCGGAGUCUCAGCGCAGCACGAGUCCUGAGCUCUCCAGGGAUGCCGCCAAGAAGUCCCUCAAGCCAACCGCGGCGAGCUCCUCGGGCGGCUUCAAGAAGCUUUUCGGAAAAAAGAAGACAUCAGAGGCUCCAGCGCCAGCACCAGUGACAGAACCUGCGACAGAGCCUGCCCCUGCUCCCGCGGCAGCGUCAACUGCAAAGCCUAGCUCACCGCAUAAGCUCCAGAAGUCUCCGCCGAAGUCAACGCCCAAGAGCAUUCCAAUCGAGAUACCUUAUCAGCGAGAACCAACUCCGGAACCAUCUGUUAAGGAGACUUCGCCAAUCCAGAGCAUCAAUCGUCAAAUCACACACCCCGCUGCGGAUCACUAUCGUGCCCCAAGUCCUCCUGCGCCUAUCACCGAGACUGAGCAGCUUGAUGCCGAUCGCGAGUUCUCCCGCUUUGACCAGGGUCCUCUAGAAGAUGUUCCAGCCUUCGUACCUGAGAGCACACCUGGCAGCUCCAUCGCAGCGAUCUCUCCUUCGCCUGAGCAGACUGCAUUCACUCCACCCCCUGCACCGGAGGAAGCGGCACCUCUUCCAGUUCCGGCACCGGCACCAGUCGUACGCAAGCCCAAGGGUCCCAUUUAUAGGCCUGCAAACGCACCUCCGGUCGAACCCACAGCCGUUUCGUCACCGCAAGAGCAGACCACCUCGCCAGCUACUGAUCGUUGGGCACAGAUCCGCAAGAAUGCCGCUGAACGCGCUCAGCGCAUGAACCAGCAGCAGGAAGAGUCAAGAAGAAGCCACAGCCAAAGCGGGAGGACUGAUAAGACUGACGACGGUGAUACGAGCGGUGAGGAGACCAUCGAAUCUCGCGUAGCUCGAAUCAAGGCUCGCGUUGCGGAACUCACGGGCAAUAUGGAUACCCCUGGUAUGACUGUAGGAGGCGCUAGACGAUGAUCUCUUUACACAUGAUACUAUCAUCAUCAAACAAUUCCGGGACAUUUUUCUCCAGAGAACUUACGGAUAUCGUUCAAUCUCUCGACUACUAACGUCAUACUAAUCACUCACGAAUCAGAGUGCAUAUUUUUCUCCAUCUCAGCACAACGUAACCUACAGCACGCACCCAGACAAUGGCCACGCAAGAGCCGUCUCUAUCUAUCUAGUUUUUUUUUCCGCUCCAUGAUACCAAUUUGCGCAAAAUCCGACUCGACAUCCUUAUCUUUUUUUUUUCGUUUCCAUGUCUCUAUUGUGUUCGAAAAAGCUUUAAAAGCUAAAACCUCUUUGAUCCUAGGGAGACGGCAAGAGACGGGAAGGUGAAUAAAGAAAACUAAAGGCCGGUCGGCAUACGUUUGCUCUUCCCGAGAAAGACAAGCGCGACCUCGAUUUGCUUAAUCCACUUCUUCGAACCUGUUUUUCCCACACCUUUUUUGCGAUAGCUUUAGGAGAUUCAGUACCAAAACACGAGAUGGGACGUAAUAUACCCUGCUUUGUAAUAGCGUUCUCGCAUUGUUCUUUUCCCUCCCCAAGCUUCGCUUUUGUUCCUGGCGGCGUUUCUAUCCUUUUCUCAACCAACACCCACCCUCUCAUCCCUCUCAAUCCCCUCCUCCUCCCUCCCGCCCACUCUCCGUCUCUCUCCCUCUCUAUGCACUUAGAAGGCUGGCAAGCUCGUUCCCCAAUGUUCUUGUCUUUUUUUUCCAGAUCCCAUCCUUGACUGGUUUCAAGGCGGGCACUUUUGGAAGAAAGGAGGCGAGCAAGGGACCGCAGGUUGUGGAAGACAUAUUAGCUCUUUUCUUCCCUUUACUUUUGGCAUCUUCCGUGCGUCUUCACGACAAAUGCGCAUACUUUUUUGUCGAAAGGAAAAGCUGUAAAAAUGAACGGUUUUUUUUUUCUAAAAAAAAAUUAAUUUGGACAGAUAGUCUACAAGUGUACGGGGGAGUUAUCUUCAUGUUUCUUUUACAUUGAUCCCUUCAGAUAGCAGAUACGGCUUGUUCAUUGAAAGUCUCUUUUCUUUCUCUUAUCUUUUUUUUUAUAAAAAUUUUUUUUUAUCACUGUACUCUCGCAACAUGAGGCGGGAAGGAAAGGAUUGAGGGUUUGGUAUCUUUUUGGGGUAGUAUCUUUCAUUUCUCU